GUUGUCCAAAGACGGCGAAAACCUGACUGACACUUUAGUAGAGGACGGAAUUUCAGAAUUCACUUCGUUGGUUCUCGGAGAUAUUAGCAUUAAAGAUGGAGGGAUGUAUUCUUGCAACCUGAAAGUCCUCCUUAAAGGCAAGGUGCCUCGCGAAGUGAAAGAAACUACCUCGCUCACAAUUAAACCGUGGUUUGAAAGUAAAGAUGGAAAAACUGUCGCGAAGAAGUUGGGAGACGACUUAACUUUAGAGUGCGGUGCCAGAGGAUACCCUCUGAAGGUGGAAUGGAAGUUUAAGAGUGAGACAGACGAAACAGUUAAGACUUGUAUAGAUUCUUUAGUGGAUAAGCGUUACAAGGUGAGCCAGAAGGGACCUUACGAUCCAUAUUCCUUGACCAUCACAAGCUUGAGCAAAGCUGACCUUGGAGUUUAUUACUGCUGUCUGUCAUCAGGCUGCUCUAAGAACAUUAACGAGGAGCAGUGUCAAAGCUUUGACAUCGAUCAAAAAAGUAAGUAUCUUUAGUGACAUCAAGGUUUGGGCUAAUGCAUAGGUACAUUUCGAAGAAAAAUGUCU